AUGAUUUUAUUGAGGUCCGAUUGAAUAUGGGGCCUUUUUCCUUCCCGCUCCCGGGAGUGCUCCAAUGCCUCCUCUCCUCCCCAAAGCAACAGUCUUUAGAAUCCUCCACCACAGAACCCCUCCCAAUCACCGGUCGUUCCAAUCAGUCACAGAUUCAUAUGCGAACUACCUCGAAAUCUAUGCCCGUGAUCACUCCAUUCACUUGGGUAGAAUACUCCACGCGUACCUUAUCGUGAAUGGCCUUGUUCGUUCAACCUACCUUUCUUCCAAGAUCAUCAUCUUUUACGCUCAAUGCGGACGAACUUUGGAUGCUCGUCGUGUGUUCGACGGAAUCCCCAAGACAAAUUUCCGUCGCUGGAUUGUUCUGAUUGGUGUCUAUUCCCGUUGCGGCCUUUACAAGGAGACAUUAGCUCUAUUACAUGAAAUGCAGAGAGAAGGCCUGAAACCGACCAGAUAUGUUCUACCCAGUAUCCUCAGAGCUUGUGGGAAUCUCCCUGAUCGAAAGACUGGUGAAAUGAUACAUUCUGCGAUUCUUCGCCACUGCCUUGAUUUCGAUGCCUUUGUGGACAGUGCACUAGUGGAUAUGUACUCAAAAUGUGGUCGAGUUGAGAAGGCACGCCUGGUGUUCGAUAGAAUGCCAGAGAAAGAUGUGGUGGCUUGGAAUUCCAUGGUUUCAGGCUACGCCCAACAAGGGUUUGCAAGACAAGCAUGGGAUUUAAUGAAGAAGAUGCAAUUAAUGGGAAUCAAACCUAAUUUAGUGACCUGGAAUACAUUAAUAUCAGGUUUCUCGUCGGUGGGUGAUGAUGUAAUGGUAUGGGACCUUUUUCGGAUGAUGCAUGUUGAUGGGGUUGAGCCUGACAUGGUUUCUUGGACCUCUGUUAUUUCUGGGUUUGUGCAGAGUUUUCGCAAUAAAGAAGCUUUUGAUGCGUUUAAGCAGAUGGUGGGCUGUGGGUUUCUCCCAAGUUCAGUAACCAUUAGUAGUCUUUUGCCCGCAUGUGCAACCGUGGCAGAUUUCAGACGUGGCAAGGAGAUUCAUGGGUUUGCAUUAAUAAUUGGGGUCGAAGGAGACGUAUAUGUAAGCAGUUCUCUUGUUGAUAUGUAUGCAAAGUGUGGAUUUAUAUUCGAAGCUGCAAAGUUGUUUGAUAAGAUGCAGGACAGAAAUACAGUUACUUGGAAUUCUAUGAUUUUUGGAUAUGCAAAUCAUGGGUACUGCCAUGAAGCAAUUGAUCUUUUCUAUCAGAUGGUAGAGGUCAAAGUGAAGUUGGACCACCUUACUUUCACAGCUGUUUUCACUGCUUGUAGUCAUGGUGGUUUGGUUGAAGUUGGACAUAAUCUGUUUCACUUGAUGCAGGACCAAUAUGGUAUUGAGCCAAGGUUGGAACAUUAUGCUUGCAUGGUUGACCUUCUUGGUCGAGCAGGGAAGCUUGGUGAGGCCUAUGAUUUGAUUAAAACAAUGCCAUUGGAGCCUGAUUCAUUUGUGUGGGGGGCACUGUUAGGGGCAUGUAGGAACCAUAGAAAUAUCGAACUUGCUGAAAUUGCAGCCACGCAUUUGUUUCAGCUUGAGCCUGAUAGUGCAGGGAGCUGCUUGCUGUUGUCAAAUUUAUAUGCAGAUGCUGGUAGUUGGGGUAACUCCACUAAGUUGAAAAAGAUGAUGAAGAGAAGACGGUUAAGAAGAAAUCCUGGGUGUAGUUGGAUGGAGGCUGUCUAGUAAGUGAAGAGUGAUUUUUGCAGCAUGACAUGCCUCGAUGAGUUCAGGGGUGGCAACGGAGCUGGCUACAUGGUUAGAAGUCAUAAAUCUGGCACAGGUAUGGGAUAAGUACUGUUUGAAGGGUAUGGAGUGGUGACAAUGAUGGAUUCGGGAUGGAAUUGGGUUCUUUCCGAUCUUUCACAUUGUUG